UGAAGGUGACUACAUCAAGUUUCUUAGUUCCCCGCCGAGUCCUACGAUUCGAUGAAAAGAGUUUUAUAUAUAUAAUUUUAUGCUUUUUCUUCGUCAAGUGUCGUUUGCUACCAGUUGAAUAUGAGAAGUUUCUCAUUCUUUCUUGUGACUUUUAAGACAAAGGACUUGAUGCUGUCACGAGCAGAAUCGGGAAUGAGAAAAUGUGCCUGCCGCUGCUUCUUCGUCAAAGAAAUUCGUUUCAUUCACAAACAGCACCUAAAUUGUCAUGCAUAAGGUUGUAUCAAAUGCAAAAAUGUCUGGGUCUGGAAGAAUGCAGGGCUUGUCAUGCACAGCUAGCAUGGCUCCCAAGUCUGUCAUGCGCGCCACACAAAAGCCACAUUUCUCUGUCAUGCAGAAACGCAGUUUCUCAUGCAGAUAGGCAACACUCUAGCAGCUCCAGAACUUGCCAUGCUUGGCUGUCAAUGAAGGCGUCCACAUGAUUCGCCGAACAGCAUCACAAGUUUCCAGACCCAGACAUAUUUGCAUUCCAUACGUUGUCUCGAUCGGCGUGGCCGAUCUCAACGCGUUUGACACCUGGGCAGACGUUAUCAACUGUAAAAAUGUCUGGGUCUGCAAGAUUCUGAAACUUGUCAUGCACGUUUUGCAUAAGCCAUGACGUCUGUGAUGCAUACCCUAGCAAUACAGAUUUUUUGAGGGCUUCUUGAUGCCUAUUCCGCAUGGCAAAUGCCUUCUCAGCGUAGCAAAAAUUGCGCUCCCUUUGGUACUCAUGCAAUGCAGAUGUUUUUGGAAUCCAAACGCAGCAUCACAAGUUGCAUUCUAUCUUCCAGACCCAGACAUUUUUACAUUUGAUAGACGUCGGGCUCUCUCCGGUCACGUAUUUGAAGCAUGUCAAAUCCUACUGGCGAAUGGUCGUGCGCGGCAUGGGCCUGGUGUCCGUCAUCGAUCGCGUUUUGCAGCAGAAAGCGGAACAGGUGGACCACACAGGACUAGUAUUAAUCGCGCGAAAAAUAGACCAGGAGCAGGAGCUGGGGAAAACUUCAGCCUUGUGUGCUGCUCAGUGCGAAGACGAAAAGGAAGAUCCUGCUUCCACCACCGGCGGACAAAAAAAGCUGUCUUGUGCAACAAGUAGUAGCGAGGUGAACUACACUUGUAAUAAACACACGACUUCUGGUCCUGCUGAGGCAGAGAACUACUGCUCCAGGCUGCACUCGUCCCUUUGGCAGUCGGCGUCGGCACCGUUUUUGUCAGAUUGGAAGCAGAAGUCUGCUGGAGUUCUUGUCUGCCCACAACGGGCUCGGUUGAAGUGUUGUAAUCGUCGAGACGACACCAGGGUCGACGAACCGUCUACGAAGAGUAAUGCACCCAGCAUUUUUGCCAGUACUGCUCACGGAAGCGGCAGUAAUCUAGCGGCUUGUCCAAAACACGAGGAUGAUGCGCCACCAACAACACGGGCGCAGCACCAGG